CAAAAAUGAAUAUUUUUCGAGCAGUAUUCCUUUUGAAUUCUCUAUCGUGUUCACGAGGACAAUAUAUCAAAAAUAUUUUACACCAUACAAAACUUGGCAAGAUCGUAGGAGAACAUGUGUUAAAUGGAACCCAAGCGGGGAUUUUAAAAUUUCUUAACAUACCUUACGCGAAGCCCCCAAUUGAUGAACUGCGAUUUGCUAAACCAAAGCAGUAUGGUGCCUGGAAUGAAACGCGAAAUGGAACUAUCCCUGGACCUGUAUGUAUACAACUUUCAGAUAAUCCAUAUUUCAUUGGAAGAAUGAGUGAAGAUUGUCUGAACUUAAAUAUUUAUGUCCCUUAUCCUCUGAAGCAUACACACAAGAGAGCAGUAAUGAUAUGGAUCCAUGGAGGAGGCUACAUUUUUGGUUCCGGAAGUUACUACGACGGAAGUAUGCUUGCUUUAACUGGUGACGUAAUUGUUGUAACGUUAAACUACAGACUCGGUGUCCUCGGUUUCUAUUGUUUAGAUGAAGUUUUUGUCAAGGGGAAUUAUGGACUCUGGGAUCAAAUGUUAGCUCUACAGUGGGUAAAAGAUAAUAUCGAGGAUUAUGGUGGAGAUCCCAAAAAAGUUACUGUGUUCGGAGAAUCAGCUGGGGGUUUCAGUGUGGGACUCUUGUCCCUUAUACCGAAAAAUAAAGGAUUGUUUCAUCGAAUCAUCCUGCAAAGUGGGACAGCCAACUCUCCUCUGGCUAUUGGAAGCACAAGGAAAUCCUCAGAUAUAAUAACAGACAAAGUCGGAUGUAACGGAAACACAAAACCCGAACUUAUUAUAAAAUGCAUGCGGAACUUAUCAGUUGAUUAUAUAAUGCAUGCUGUAUCCAAUUUUGCCAAAGAAUCGCUUACUUCCAUACACAGACUCAUAAUCAAUGUCUUUACACCUGUAGUAGACGGCGAACUUUUCAAAAUGUCAUCUAACAAAAUAUUUCAAAAUCCAUUAUCAGAGGAAUAUAUGUUUUUCAAAUCUUUGGACGUAAUGGUUGGCAAUUGUGACAUGGAAGGAUCGUUGUACUUAGAGACUUCCGAAGUUCUCACUGCUUACGGAUUAAAUAUUACUGAAGGUAUUCCCAGAGAUUUCUUUUGCAACCAUCUUAUACCAACUGCAGUAGCGGAUCAUUUUAAUGACGAACCUAGCGUAAUGGAUGCGAUGUGCAAGGAGUAUGGGGAAAAUAACAACAUAAUUCUUCAAAGUCUUUCCCUGUUAGAGUGGUACUCGGACUUAUAUUUCAUUGCACCCAGUUUGUCAACUCUAUUAGCCCAUUCCUCCGGAAACACCAAAAACUCGAGAAGAUACCAGUUUAUUCUAACGGAGAGGUUACCAGUUUUCUUGGGAUCGUCUACACCGCCCUGGUUUAAAGGCUCUGCUCAUACCACUGAUUUAAUGUUUCUGUUUUUCAUAGAGGACUUAGGUUCUGUUGAUCCCAAUUCUGAAUAUAGGCCAAAGGAUUCUAAUUUUAUGUUGUCCACCAUUAUGAGGAAAUAUUGGGCCAAUUUUGCUAAAACUGGGAACCCAAACUAUGACGACCUUCCCGAUUGGCCUCCAUUCAAUUCAUCAACGCAGGCUUACGUACAGUUCAGCGGUGGUGUAACUGCAAGAACAAAGUAUAGACAACAAAAAAUGGAUUUCUGGCUUAAGGUCAUUCCAAACUUAUUUUUGAAUUCGCAACAAACUCUGCUGGUCUGCAGAUAUAGCAUAUAUAUUUGGUGUAUGUUUAACUUGUGUUGUCCACUUCUCAGUUAAAACCAAAGGAAACCUGGCUUACUGGCUUUAUGACAUUUCAUGAUACAUUAUUAAAUUGUCAUAAAUCAAUUACUAUAUCGUUUCCUAUUUUGUUUAAUAUGUUGGAAUGGAAAUAUAAAGAAAGAAAGUAAAAUUUCAAAUUAGUUUUUUUCUAUGAAAUCAUUUUCCUUACUGCGGUCGAGAAUACUAUCCUACUGUGUUUUUUUCCAUUCUUUGUACUCUUGUUCGCUAAAAUCUA